AAGCGAGAACGAUGAGUACAACAAAUCUGAGCGCGAGACAAGUACUGCCAGAGUGCCCGAAUGCAAUCCAGCGCCAGAACCAAUAAAGCGAAAAUUAAAACUGAGAUCCACAUUUUAUGUAUUUAUAUUCUACCCGAAGUCACUUAUUUCUGCAUGGGAAGAAUUUGACAAACAGUUUCAAUCAGAAAAUGAUCAUCCAAGAAUUUUUAACUCUUAUCAACAUUAUUUACUGCUUGCUUUUGAGGAUGGUGGUACUGAUCUGGAAAAAUAUGUCAGCAAUAUAUCUCAAGCGUAUAGUAUUAUUUACCAAGUUAUAACUGCUCUCUCUGUUGCGGAACAUAGAUUGUCAUUCGAACAUCGUGACCUUCACUGUGGCAAUAUUAUGAUUAAAAAUGUUGAAGCUUACUAUGCUGAUUGUAAAAUUAAUUUACUCACUCAUGGUGUUGAAUUGAAAAUUAUUGACUUCACCCUUUCCAGAAUGUCUAAAGGUACAUCAACGAUUUUUUUUGAUUUAGCGAAAGAUAAUGAAAUCUUCAGUGGUGAAAACUGUUUGCAGUUCGAUAUUUAUAGGGCGAUGCGCAAGGCAAAUAUGAAUAAUUGGUUUCCAUUUUAUCCCGUGACUAAUGUUAUGUGGAUAAUUUAUCUGGUGCGUUAUGUAUAUGACAGUCUGGUUAAUAAAAAUAUUGGUAGUCACCGAGAAAGGCAAAUUUUUAUUCAUCACUUCAGGGAUCUGCAUCGUUUUGGUAAUUCUCAUUCAUUCAUUUCUCUUCACUCCCGUAUUUGA